CCAAAUUUUUUAAUGCGUAAAACUCAUCGUCGCUCUUUUAAUAUUUUCUUCAAUGACGAUUUCUCCAAUUAUUAUCGUACAUCAUCACCAUUGCAAGUAAGUGUGUGACGAGGCAACAAACAAAAUCCACUCGCAAAAUGGCUGCUGCGAUGUACCGGUUUCAAUUUCAGAAAUUACUUUCAGUGACACUGAAGUCACCACCAAAUGUAUGCAGAGCAUCCUACAGUACGUCUAAAACUCCAACAGAACCUCCUAAGAAAGUCACAAAACCACAAGCUUCUAAAGGAAAACCAAGUGGCGAAUCUCAAGUGACGUCCGGAAACACUUACGAAUCAGGCCAAUAUUAUCAACAUAAUGAAUUUACAUAUUAUGAUAUAGAAAACGAUAUGCUAAAAUCAAGAGUGGGACAACCACCAUCACCAAGAGCUGGAGAACACUGUUGAUGUGAAAUUGAAUUACAGAACUGAUUACUUUGUCCAAAGCUAGUCAAGGAAAUAUCUGGAUGGAUAUUGAUAUUUUUAGACAAUAAUAGUAAAAAGAAUAUGUCAGUUUUAUUGUGAAAUAGAACUAUUGUUUACUUUAUUAUAUCUCCGAACUGGCUUUUCUAACUUUGAUUUAUUGGUUGAUCUGCAGUUCAAUGUUUAAUGCUAUAAGUAACACAUUCUCUUGGUUGAUGAGGCUUCUGAAAAUAGUUUAAAUCAUUGGUCAUACAUACUUGCGUAGUAAUACUGUGCAGUAUGUCACUUUAAAAAAAAUAUCCACCUAUACAGGUACAGUAUUACUAAAAAAAGAAAAUGACUUUACAGAAAGAAAAUAUCUGAAUACUCCUGUAUAUAUAACCACUUGUACAUUUAUUAUUAAAUUUCAAUCAGUAAAACUGUUACAAAAAUACUAUUUUUUGUUUUCCAUUGUUUGAUUAUUAUUAAUGUACAAACACGGUAUUACAGUAAAGUAUAAUUAUUGUCUGUCAAAAAUAAUACCAAACAUAACUAUUCAGCUGCCAUUGAGAGACAGAAAAAAAAUGCUGAUUUGCAUAAUUUUUACUAUAAUUACCUUUAAAUAUUCUGCCAGCCAAUAAAAGCAAAGAGUACAAAA